UAAUCUUUGAUGCUAGCGAGGAUUUUGCGAGUAAUUUUAGAAUCCUUGCGAGGAAAAUCGAGGAUUUCCGUCGUUUCGUGCGGGGAAAAUCAAAGAGGUUGGUUGGCAACACUGUUUACGUUACAGUUUGUUUUUGUUUUCGUUUGAGAAUUCAAUUAAUAGCUCUAGCUCCUGCUCCUGUGCUGUGCUUGUUUUGGUAGUUGGUGUUCUUCGUUGAUCCCUUCUUGCAAAUAUUUAACGGUUGAUUUCUUUUAAAACCAGCUAUAUCUAAAUUAUUUUUCUUUUGAAUGCAACAGUGGAUGUUAUUUUUGCCGUGUUAUAUACCACAAUGAACGUGAGCUGUGAUCUGUAUUACAAUACAGUUUUUAGGUUAAGUGCAGUGUUAUAUGACUAUCUGGAAUGCAGUUUUGGGAUACAGUUUCCUCAUCAGCAUUAUUAACAUUACAUUCAGACAAGCCCACUCAAGUAAAAUCUUUGGGGAAAUCUGUCGAGAUUAUCAAAAUUAGGAAGACAAAUUCUACAAGUAAAACACCACAUCAGGAAGUGCAAAAAACCACCGGACCAAGAUCUAAAGAAAAUCUGGACGAGGAAGCCAUAGCUGAAGCCAUCAAACUUGCGACACAAAGUGAAUCUGAAACAAGCAAAUUGUUGAAAGAAGUCUCCGAAGAGAUUGAAGAAUCCAUUAAAAAAGUAUUUGUUACUUUAAAUGACCAGCAAGAAGUUGUUGUGGUCAUUGAUGAUCAAAACAGAGUGAUUCAAGAACUUCCAACUUUGCAGUCCAUUGAAGCUGUAGCAGUAGACCAAGAUGAACUUGUAAGAACAGUAGCUCAAGAAGUUGACGUGGCUACAGAAGAAUUAACAACAAUCGACCAAAGUGCUAUAGAAGUAAGCCAGUCCUUCACUCUUGUUCCAAAAGAAGAAUUAACAACAAUCGACCAAAGUGCUAUAGAAGUAAGCCAGUCCUUCACUCUUGUUCCCAAAAAAAAGGGAAGAAAAUCAGGAAGCUUAAACACAGACGAUUACAAGUUUGACAGUGAAACAAACAAAUAUACUUGUAAAAAAUGUGGUAAAAACUACACAAAAAAACAAAGCAUUGUUAUUCACACUCAUCAAUGUGGAAAAUCUCAGAACAUCCAAACACCCCGUCAAAGUAAGCAGAAAGGUGAUGGUAAAAGCAAAACAUCUAAGAGGUCAAAAAUUCCUCCUCUCGAAGAAAGUGUUGCCAGAUUGUUUACUUUUGAUGAAGUAAACAAUCAGUGGGCGUGUAAGAAUUGCAACAAAACUUGCAAAUCGAAACAGUCUGUAAACACCCACAAAAUAAAGUGUGGAAACCAGAUGAAGAAGUGUUUGUAUUGUGAAUAUGUAGGACGAAGCCCAACUGCCGUCAGAGUUCAUAUGAUGAAUCAGCACAAGAUAAUUCCGCGUUUGAAUGAAGAUGGCACUUGGAUCUAUUAAAACUCAUAAAACAGAAUGUGUAUUUAUUUUACAAGAUUAGAUCAUAUUUAUUUGACACUUACACAUGAAAAAUGUGUUAAGCAUUGGUCAAAAUCACAGAUAGUUAGGUUUCUGGGAUUAUAAAUAUUCAAAUAAUGCCAACUACAGUAGAGUCUUGAUUAUCCGAUCUUCGGUUAACUGAGUCCUUAGAUGGACACACUGUAAACCUCUGUUUCAAGAACUAAACAUUCUCACACUUCCGUCUCUCUUUAUAUUGGAAUCCGCAUUGCUCGUUUUAAGAAGAAUCCCAAUAUUUUUGUAACUAACAGCAUGGUCCACAAUUAAAAUACAAGAAAAGCAACAAAUCCACAUGUACCUCAAGUAAAAUCCACAAUUGCAAGCAAGAGCCCUUACUUCAAUAAUAUAAAAAUUUACAAUAAAUUGCCUCAGUACAUCAUGCAAGAGCCUUCUAUCAACAAUUUCACCUGCUAAAAACAGAUUUAAGUCAAGCGGCCUACUACAGUGUUAAUAAAAUAUAUGUCCAGGCCAUGUGAAUCCCUGAAGACGAAAUGAAUCCAUACAUACAUUAAUAGCAAGAAAAGUAUAAAACCUUACGACCACGUCGCUGAUGCGAUACACUCCAAGUAUCCAAGUAACUUUUCAACAAAUUUCAAAAUGUCUGACCGUAUUGUCUGUCCUUGCCACUUAACCUAUCUUGCUGCAGCUAGUUCAGGUUAAAUAAUCAAGAUUCUAUUGUAGGUCAAGGCCUUUUGUUUAUAUUACAAUUGAUACAUUUUUUACUAUCACUGUGGAUUUAAAUAGUAUAUGGUACUCCAUAUAAUUAUUUUGUAGCAUUUAUUUUCGUUAAUUUGUUUAUGUCUUGUUUUAAAACGUAUUUUAUUUUCUGUACUUGUGUUUGGUUGAAUGCCUGGGGGGAGGGGGUAUUAAAAGUUGUAAAUAAGAUAGCUGUUUGAAUUCUCAUCUUAAAAAUGCCCAUCUAUUGUAAUAUAAAUAAUAAUAAAAAAUAUCAUCCAUAUUUCUUGCAACUUGGUUCAGAGGGGUUUCUUCUUGAAAUUAAAUCAUCAACCUAAAUAAUUAAAGCAAUCUACGGUACUAACCACUCAGUAUCAUAUGUUAUUAUUUAAUUAUGACUAAAAGUUGUAUGUAGAGUAAGUAACUUGCAAAUUUUAUGCUUACUUGAAAAUGUGUGGUUAUCUUAGAUCAGGUUAGUUGUAAAUAUUUGAUCUAGUACUAGCUUAAUUCUUUGUAUCUAAGAUCGGCUUUUUAUAUUUUUCAUGGAACAUUAUUAUUUAUUAUGGUUUUGGAUAUUUUCAGUAGUAGCCUAGAUAAGUUAGUAAUUUUAGAGAUUUAGGUAUAAGGUAUUAAUAUAUUUAAUUAAUCCUUUAGCUAUUUGAAAAGUGAUUAUAACUUUUUCA